AUGUCCAAGCAACUACAUGCAUUGAAACGAACAGCUCCACGUUCUGGUGAUCAAUAUAAAGUUGGACCGCCAUUCGAACCAUCUAAGUCAACCAGACCAAUAUAUCUAUGUCUGACAAAUCAAAAGGUUUUCCCUAUAAUACAUGCAAGAGUUGAUAGAGGUUAUGAUGAUAUCAAUGGAAUUUGGAUUGGAUACAAACGCAAUUACUUUACUUUAGUGUCAUCUUUUCAAAUUGAAAAUAAAAGUAAUAAUAUAUUCUUAACCGAUAGCUUUAAUACAAUUAAUGAUAAUGGGGAAACUAUCCAGAUCCUUUACUUUACAAUGAAGUUGAAAGCUAUUUGUUGUGAAGAUGACAAAGAGGUUCCAUUGGUUCAGCAUACGGCAAAGAGAGAUAAUGGUCCUCAAGUUCCACCACCUGAAAUGACUGUAAUACCUAGUGAACUUCCAGAUCAUGAAAUAAUAAAGCAAACGGCAAAUAUUAGGAAUGGAGAAAAGGUUGCACUGUAUAAUAAGAUAUUUAUUACUGAUAUUGAAAACAUUGAAAUGUUGGAACCUCGCUCAAUUUUAAGAACUUAUCCAAACAAUCAAGUUACUAAAGUUUGCAAAUAUGAAAGAAUUCAGUUUUCUUCGUCUUUAAAUUGUAAAAGGACUCCUACAACAAAUAAGCACUUUCGACUAAGAAUAGAAUUGUUUGGGGUAUCUACGUUAGAGGAAAAGUUCAUGCUUUCAUAUUCAGAAACUCCACCACUAAUAAUAAGGGGGAGAUCUCCUUCUAAUUAUGAUCUAAAGAUUAGAGCCAAGCAAACUCAAGAAGCUAAAAAGGCUGAGGAAACAAAGCAAGUGAAACAAAUUAAAAGAUCACAACAAGAUAAAGGGGUCAUUAAGUUACCCACAUGUUCGGAAUUAGAAGCAUCCAUAAGAACUUCUAAGAAAAAGGAUUUAAUAGAUUAUAACGAUGCUAUUAGUGAAUGUCGGUCAUAUAAAGCCCAAUACGCGAACUCCAUUUCUACCUUGAUUGGAAUUCCAAGUACCAUACCUCAUUCAUUAACAAACCCUUCCUUUAAUUUUCAAAGUGUCUCUAUUUCAAAGCAGGUCAAAGAAGAAAAUAGUAAUCGUAUAAUCAUAAAAGCACUCAAUACUAAUCUUAGAGGAAAUAAGUUACCAGUUGCUGAAAAGUUACUUAAUUAUCCUAAAUUGUCUGCCAAAUCUCUUCAAUUUAAUGCGAAAAAUUACCAAGCAUUCAAGAAAAGUUUAUUAUUAGAUAGGGAAAAUGACCAAAGCAGUAGCAAUGAUAAUAUCAGUACUGUUGGUCUGGCAAGUAGUGUUAGUUCCAAUACCGGUUUAUCUUAUUUUAAGUCUCAUGAAAUCCCAAUUGAUAUUGAAAGAUCUGAUGUCUUGAAAUUUCCCUUAAAAAAUUAUAUUUUAGAGACAAAAUACAAAAUCAACCAACUAAAGGUCCAUGGUAUUUUGGUUCAAAGGUCUCAAAGAAGAAGAAAUAUAUCAACUCCUACUAAAAAUUAUAAUCUGUCCUUUCCUAAAUAUUUUUCCAGUCCUAUUAAACCUUCCUCGAGUGAUUCUUGGGAUAUGAAUUGUGCACUCGCAUCACCUUUCAAAAACGCACACUUAGCCAAUGUAUUUGAUGGUGAAUUGGAUGCGACUGUCAAUCCUAAGAUAAUUACCAAUAAUAAUUGUUGAUAACAAGCAAGCUUAGAAGUACUGUCAGCUGUAUAUUAAGUAAACUAUGCCAAAUGGUUGCGUCGUCCUGAUUACAUAAUCAACCAUAUUUUCAUUGAU